AUGGACUCGAUAAUUAUUGCUACAUUAUUCUUGUCAGUGUUAAAUGCUGCACUUUGUUUCAAUAUUGAUCCCGUGGCUUGGAAGACCCUGAGUAACUCUGCUGCUGGUUUUGGCUACCAGGUGGUGCAAAGACAAUCAGAUUUGCUCGUCAGUGCUCCACUGGAACAGCAUUCACAAAAUGGAAGAGGGAAAAUAUACAGGUGCACCACUUCUCCCCCAAACUGCCAAGAUUUACAAUUUCAAACACCAGAUUUUGCAGUCAACAUGUCGCUUGGUUUGUCAAUGAAAAGUGAUCCAACAGCACAAAACACUGUGGUGUGUGGUCCAACCAUUCCAAAGGACUGCAGAAGUAUCACCAUGUACAACGGUGUGUGCUUUCAGUUGGACCGUUAUAGCAGUGUAUAUAAUACUGAUUUUCAAACAAUGAAGAAAUUUGUGAAAGAUCUAAUCGAAUCAUUUCUCUCAAGUGACACACAGUUUUCUGUUUCCCAGUUCUCUACUUCACCUGAGGUUCACUUUUACUUUAAGAAAUUUUCCUCAUCUGGAUCAGUGGAGACUGACAUCAAUAGAAUCAGUCAACAGGAGGGAACUACUUACACAGCCGAGGCCAUCAGAUAUGUUGUGAACAGUGUUUUCACAUCACAAAGUGGUUCCAGACCAAAUGUGAAGAAGGUCUUGAUAGUAAUUACUGAUGGACAAUCUCAUGAUCGGACCGAUCUGGGAGGUGCAGCACAGCUAGCAGAGAGUAAAAACAUUGUUCGAUUUGCUAUUGGGUGCAGAUUAAUUGGUUUGUUUGUUGAGUGUAAUUUUGAUGAUCCAUUAGUACUAAGAGGACAUGCAGCUGUGAAAGGAAGGUUCGGCUCUUCUCUUGCUGUACUGCCUGAUCUAAACUCAGAUGGAUUCAUGGAUUUGGCAGUUGGAGCACCUUUGGAGAAUGACGGCAGCAUCUACAUAUUCCACAGUGAAGGAGGACGAAUCAGCCCUACUUACUCACAGAGAAUUACUGGCUCUGAGGUCCAGUCAGGACUGAAGUUCUUUGGUUUAUCAAUCAGUCAGUCAUCUUUUGAUCAGAGCGGUGAUAAACUUCCUGACUUAGCAGUGGGUUCAAAGGGUAGAGUUGUUUUACUGAGGAAGUCCAAGAUAGUCUAGUCAGUAUUAUCCUCAGAGGUUAAAGUGGGCAUUGAUGAGCUUUUGAAUGUCACAGUCACAGUCGAGAACAGAGGAGAAAACUCCUACAACAGUCGUGUUAUUCUCACGUACCCAGCUGGACUCUCCUACAGGAAGUUUACGAUUCAGCAGGGAAGAAUUGAGUGCAACUCCUUGGACAGUGAAGAUGGUUUAUCACAAGGAAGGACAGACUGCACUAUUGACAAGCCAAUUUUCAAAAGCAAAACUAAGGCUUUCUUCACUGUCUCCUAUGGGAUUGACACCAACAGUCAACUUGAGAGGGAGAUCUUUGUAACUGCAAAUGCCACCAGUGGAAAUCAGGAUCAUGCCCCUACAAGUGACCUCUACAAAAAGAAAUCAAUUGAUGUGAAAUACAGCAUUUUUAUGACAUUUGAAAGCUCCCACAGUUACAACAAUUUCACAUUUGGGAUGAAUGAUUUGCAGAAACCAGUCCAACAAUCAGUCAAGGUUACAAAUGAUAUCAGAGCACUUAAUUUCACUGUGGUGAUUAAGGUUCCAGUGAAGCUUGGUGAAAAAGACAUUUGGGUGAAUUUGAGCAGCCUACAGGACUGCUCUGUAGCCAUGUGCAGGGUGUUUAAGUGCAACACAUUUAUGGGAAGACUGCAGAGUAGGACAUAUGAAAUUUCUGCCAACCUCAGUUCAGGAUGGAUAGAGCAGAUUGGACUUCAGUCUGCCAAAUUCCUUUUGAUCAGCACAGCCAGUCUGGAGUAUGACAAAAACCAGUACAUCUACUUUUCAAUGGGGUCUGAUAACAAUUCUCCUGUACGCAAGAUUGAGGCAGAAGUAGAAGUGUAUCCUCAGCCAGAUUUCACGAAAGCGAUUGUUGGAGGAGCCCUGGGAGGGCUGGCUUUUCUGGCUUUAAUCACUGCUGGCCUGUAUAAGGGUGGAUUUUUCAAGAGUAAAUACAAACAGAUGAUAAGUGAAAAUCCACAAGAGGUACCAGUUCCAGAGAUGGAUGCAGGAGCAACCCUAACAGAAUAA